AGUGAACCGGUAUUCACCUCGAGUAUCUUGUAUUCUCAAACUGUUUGUUAGCGUCACCUUCUGUCAAGAAGAAUACAAGGAAGAGAGAAAGCUGCUAUAAAACCUUCACCACAGGGAAACCUGGAGAAUUGCAAGGCUCUCCUGACAUCUCAGAAGACGAACGGCCAGCCCUUGCCAUCCAGAUACAUGGCUUCCCGUCCGAUGGAGACGGUGGGAUUCGCCGUUCUACCCGCACACGUCUUGGCAUCGGCCAUGGAGGAGUUUCCCCAGCAGCUACCGGUCCCCAAGUGUCUGGCUCGGGGCCGAAACCGUCCCCGGCGGCCCCGAGACGCCCGCUUCAAGACCCAGCCGGUGACUUUUGCAGAGAUCGCCGAAGUGGAGGAGGAAGGGGCUUCACCUAUGGAGGAAGAACGGGCCAGACGGUCCUUCCUUCAGUCGCUGGAGAGUCUCAGGAGAAGCACACAGACCUUGCACCACGCGGGAUCCACACAGAGCUGCCACGUCUCGUCUGCACAGGCCAGUCUGGACUCCAGCGACUCAGACUCGGCGCAAUGAGAAGACAGGAAGGAUGGCAGGAAUGUCACAUAUCUUACAGUUAAAUUCCUCAUUCACAUCCGUUAAUCUAUACGACGUGCAGAUUCCAGUCGAGCAACACCGGCCGACACAAUAAUGGUUUACCUCUGCAAGAACAAAGUUGUAGCACAUUGGAAGAUUUCAGAAACCACGUAAACGCUUACGCAAAUUCCUUUUUUUAUCGUACGAGACUCGAGGACCGGUGAGGUUUCAUCUGUAAUGGACUUGACUAGAAACAUGAUUCCGAUUUCAGUUUAAUAGACUGAUGUUAUUCAUAUCCCUCGUGCCUGCUUGAGAUUGCACAGUCGAAUGGGUCCUCCACUGCUGGUCAGGAUGUAGACACGUUUUGUUAUAAUUCAUUGCUGAACAAACUAAAAGAGGUACAACAGAGAUACUGAGAUGUAUUUUUACAGAAAAUAGAGGGUCUGCCAGAACGGCGAACUUACUAAUGAACUCGACGUGGAGCAAAUUAUUGUACUUUUCAAAUGUAUCUUAUAUUUAUUGGCAGAUUAUUUUGUUAUAACAUAGUGAGUUUUAGAGAAUUGUUCUGUUGACACUGUGGACUUGUAAAGUCACUAUCACU